AGUCAGACACUCACUUACUUCUCACUCAGAUACAGAGAGGUGCUGGGAAAUUAGCUUAAUCAUACGGAGACGUCCGCAUGUUAUUACGACGUUUUGGUCAUUUGAUUUAGAUUAGGACCGAGUGGCUUUAUUCAUAAUCCCAUGACGAAUGCAUUACUUACGUAAAACUAUUACAAUCUUAUAGUUUGCGUAUUGACAGCCAGCUGAGCCUAACAGGUGGUGCGUGUGUCAGGGUUUACUAUUAGAGACAGGGAUUCAGAUGUCCCAUUCUCACAGAGGUCUUCUUAGCAAGCAGUAACAGUAAAUUCAGAGGACAACAGGUUUUGUUCAACAGGCGCAGGGAUGUCCGAUACAGGAACAGACAUGCGGACGGACAGCGGGAGGAUGUUGGGGGUGAAAGCUCCUCUGGCUCCCGCAGGAACAGAAAACACCCCUCCUUCGUCUCUGAGCAGCGGUCUGAGCAGAGGUCAAGCUGACAUCCUCCGAAACUUUUACCCCACGAAAAGAGUUGGGAAUUAUCUGAUCGGCAGGAAGCUGGGAGAGGGCUCAUUCGCCAAAGUGCGAGAGGGGCUUCACGCGAUCACCGGCGAGAAGGUGGCAGUGAAAGUGAUUGACAAGAAGAAGGCCAAAAAGGACUCGUAUGUCACAAAGAACUUGCGUCGUGAAGGACAUAUUCAGCAGAUGAUCCGGCACCCCAACAUCACCCAACUGCUGGACAUCCUGGAGACGGACAACAGCUACUAUCUCGUCAUGGAGCUCUGCCCUGGUGGAAACCUCAUGAACCAUAUUUAUGAGAAGAAAAGGCUGGAAGAAAGAGAAGUCCAGAAAUAUGUACGCCAGCUAGUCAUGGCGGUGGAGCACCUGCACAGGGCAGGAGUUGUUCACAGAGACUUAAAGAUUGAAAAUCUCCUCCUUGAUGAACAAGACAACAUAAAGCUGAUCGAUUUUGGACUUAGUAACUGUGCGGGUAUUCUGGGAUACUCGGAUCCCUUCAGCACACAGUGUGGCAGCCCAGCAUACGCCGCCCCUGAGCUUCUCUCAAGAAAGAAAUACGGGUCCAAAGUGGAUGUCUGGUCAAUAGGGGUGAACAUGUAUGCUAUGCUGGCCGGUAACCUACCGUUCACCGUGGAGCCAUUUAGCCUGAAUGCCCUGCAUCAAAGGAUGGUGGACAAGGAUAUGAACCCUCUACCUCCAUCUAUCUCUUCAGCUGCCACCAGUCUGCUGAAGAAACUUCUCGAGCCUGACCCCGUCAAGAGACCCAACAUCCACCAAGUGAUGGCAGACCCAUGGCUGCAGUUGGGAAACCCUCACACUGGAGUUCCUUACUUAAAUAGGAUCCACAUUGAGGAGAUCAACCACAUAGUUCUGCUCCACAUGACAGAGAAAAUGGGCUACAAACACAGUGAGGUUCUGAGCACAGUGCUCACUAACAAAGCUUGCCACACGCUGACUGUGUACUUCCUCCUCAACAACAAGAUGAAGAGAAUCUCAAAAGAGUACAGGGAGAAACAGUACAACAUGGAGAAGGAGAAAAAGAGCGAGCUGUUCCAGACUCAAUGGAGGAAGCCCAUUGAGAAGAUUACGAUUCCACCCAAGCAGACACCCGCGUAUCUCGCUGUGAACAAAGGUCCCACCAAGGAGAAGAAACACAGAAAUGGUCUUCUGAAAGCUGUGACUGGAGGUUUUAAAGAUGUUUACUCAGGACGUGAUGGUUGCAUCACCUCAUCCUCUCUGGAGUACAUGGAGAUCCACCCCCUGUACCCAACCCCACAGUCGACCCCAACCCAUCCUACACCCGAGACCCAGCCGGACCAGAAAGACAGAUCCAAAGAUUCCCCAAAAGCUGUCAACGUCCCCGCUCGCCCACCUUCCUCCCUCGCCGCUCAUUCCUGGGCUUCCGCAAGCAAGGAACCCAGCAAAGUCACUCCUCCAUCACCAUGGUACAAGCUGACCAACGGAGAGCUCUCUCCACCUCGACACGUGUCUGCUUUUCAGCCCGAUAGCUCGUACUUGAAGAAGGCCACAAUCCCAUGCAUACCUGUUCUCAUCGUCAAACCUCAACCCAAGAAAGCUUCAGAGUGCAUGAGCUCCUCAGAGUCAAGCGGUAGCUCAACUAGCAGCAGGGGUAGCGAUGAACCUGACAGCCCACCUGUUCUCAUCAUCAAACCUCAACCCAAGAAAAGUCCUCCUGCUUCAGUGUGGUUGAGCUCCUCAGAGUCAAGCGGUACCCCGCCUAGUAGCAGGGGUAGCGAUAAACCAGACAGCCCUCAGCUCCGCAUCAAGUUCCCUUCCAUGUGCAUCGGGCAGAUUUUAAAGAAAAAGGUGUCGCCCUUCAGGAUUCAGCUGCCGUUCAGGCCAGAGCGUGUGGUGGAAGUGGAGUCUCCAACUCCCUACCAUAUGCAAACUCUGAUCUGUGCCACAGGGGCUCUCAAAACCCUGUGCUGAGGAGAAGAACUUUUAGAUUAUAUAAAGUCAGAUGUAUGCAGUAACGUGUUAUCUCACCAACAAUGCUGGCAGUUUGAACAGUUGGGCUUCCCACUCGUAGACCAGAUAUAUUGCUAACCCCGCAGGGAGUUAUUUGGCAUUUGUCAUACACAUAGCUUGAGUGAAGGCUUGCAGAGAACAUAUAGGCUCUGAACACUGUGUAAAAUUAGAUCUUGAGGUUACAUAGCCCCAGGACAGUAGAUACUGAACAUCAAGUUCACAUGCAGCAGCACAUAUACAACACGAUUCUAGUCCAAGUGCCAUGUAGCAGCUUAGCCACAACCUUUAACGCACAAUUCUUCUGUGAAACAAUGCUGUCACUGCCCACAAUAAUGUGUGUACUAAUAUGUGUUCAUGUACAGUAAUACAACUAAGACUGUUAAUGAAUGGUUGUGUGUGUGGGGGGGGGGGGUUUGACAGCGUGCUUAUUUGACCAAACAAUAUUAGUCAUUUUUAAGCUCUUACUGUAUUUAACCUCAAAUUGUAAUGACACUCAGGUCAACAAUGCUGAACUUUUCUAAUUGCCUCACUUUUAAACCUGUAGUGAAACUGUCAUUAUUUAAUUGGAAGAUGACAUUCCUCUUGUUUUUCCUCUUUAGGGGAUUGCUGGCAUUUUGUAUAGCCUUAAAUAUCUUGCAUUCAGCCUUUGGGCUGCAAUGGAAGAUUUUCAGUGUUAUUUGAACUCUUAGUGUAUAAGAUUCAUUUAUCUACAAAGUAAAUGUUGGGUGAAAUAAUGGAUUGUGCAAUAGUAUGUAUAUAUUUGAUGGCUGACCUGGUUAUAACCAGGGUGGUGUUUUCUCACCAUAGAACACAAGUGUCUUUCAUUCCAUGUGUUUAAAGGUGAUUCAUGCUGUCAAUACACAUUAGAUUUACAAAGCAGACCUCUUUCACAGUCUUCACGUGCACCGAAGAGUAUAAGCUGUGAAAACAUUUUUUCUCAUCUCAGCUACACUUUUGCAUGCACACCAGGGUUUAAAAAAAAAAUGUGAUGUCAGUUUUUUGGUGACACGUCUUUGUACUUUUGUUACGGUGAAGAGGAAUUUGAAGGUCUUUUGUAAGUUUUGUAUUGAUUUGAUUUUUGCCAAGUUAAAAAAAAAAGAUUUU